AUGAGUGUGCGGAGUAUUGUGACAAAGCAGCUGCUGCGACAGUCCACGUUGCAGCCGCGGCUGAAGCUUCCUGCUGGUAGGGUCGUGUCACUUGAGGAGGGUCGACGUUUGGCACGCUUGGUACACGAGGAGACGGAACAAACAGAUGCUGCCAAUUUGGCUGCCGUUGAGAAUCGGUCGCUGAAUUCGCCUGUCGUUCUGGAGGAGGAGGUAUCGAAGCGCAUUUUGCUUCUGCGACAGAGGAGUAAUAAGGCUGCCAAUAUCAAGGCAGCUGUCGCUUAUGCCCAGCGUAGCAAGGUGCCCAGUGCCGUGGGAAAGAUGGGGACGGAGGUGCGUGAGGUGGCCGUGAAGUUGCUGCGCAAAGAUUCUUCUGCUCGUGGCGCAUUGAAGGAGCGUCAUGAACGCACCAAAAGGACGAGAAGCUCGAAGAAGCGGGCAGUUGGCACACGCAAGUGA